AAUUAUAGUUCACUUACCGAAUAUGUAGAACAUCUCUACCAAAAAAAGUUAUCUAAAAGUUAAUUUUUGGUACUGCGAUCAAGUGACGUCUCUUAAAAAUAAUCCCAAAUCGUAUUGUAGUUUAACAUUUUGAGUUCUUGAGAAGCGCGAUUGGCGUCUUGUUUAUUUUGCGGUGUGAUAAAGAGCUUUAUCUGCAGGUAAGCUUUCUGACACAUUUUCCGCAGGGCGACUUAAUUAAUUAGAUUUAGCUACCUCAGAUGAACUAAUCAUGAAUAACUGCCUGAACUUCCUACUUGUCUUGCUCUCAUUUUCCAGAGUUAAUUGUAUUGAAUUAUCAACUGAUAAGAGUAAUUUACCUAUGGAUAACUCAUCAUUGAAAGAGAAAAAGUACGGUGUAAGAACCACACCGACUCCGACAGAUUUUAAAAAUAUAGACCCUAGUGUAAGUCUGUGGGGACCUGUCAUAGCCAUUAUUAUUGUCACCAUGUUAAUCGUCUUUUUAUUGAUGAUAUUUAAACAAUGCUCGGGUCAACAGUCUGGAGAGGGAGCCGCUGUUCAAUUAAAUAUAAACGUGGAAUGUAGGAGCGAGAGGGGUAGAGCCGCCCAACUUGUACCUGGACAACCAACAACACCUCCACCAUCUUACACUGCUGUUGAACGGGAAGUAUCAUUUAUAUCUGACAUCAGUCAGACUGAGAGUAUGAUAGAUGAACCACCCGAGUAUGAAACAAUUUUAAGUGGAGGAAAACCAACGCGAGUAUUGCGCAAGUCGCUACUACGAUCUAGUUCUGAUGCGACAACAUCUAAACCCCGCUCUGCAGUAACUGUGCGAAGGACCGAGUCUGAAUGUAUACCACUAAGAAAGAAGCCAGCCGAAGAAGAGGAUGAGUAUAGAAUGGCCACGCGAUUGAGAGACCAAAGCAUACAGGAAGAAACUGACCCUGAAUAUGAAAAUCUGCCGCCAAUGAAAGUUGUCCCUAAACGACCUAGUAAAGAUACCUAAGGACUACUACUAAACCGUUUUGCUCAUAUUUUAAAUAUUGCGCUUGUUAUGAUUCCUAUUGUUGAAUUCCAUCUUUUAGAUUUAGUCUCAAACUUUUCGUCAAACGUUGUAUUGGUUUAAGGGAAUACGCAUAACAAAGCACGUUGGCGAAAAUGUCCUUACUUUCCUGGGAGAAUGAUACCAUCGUA